AUGUGGGCUCAGUACUACAGACAGUGUUUCCAGACCAUUACCAACGGCCCACAGAACCCCGCCUUUUCCUUCACUCAGAAGGGGAGAACAGUGAGGGCAGCUAUGUUGGACAGUGAGAAUGUCAGUAAGAUCCAAGUAGAAAGGACAGCUCCUCCAGAUAAGGGGCAGAGCCAGAUACCACCACAGUGUUCGAGCUCCGACUCUGGGGAACGAAGGUCGGUCUCUCCCUCUCUCUCCUCAACCUCAGUCCAUAACUCCCCCCCGUCCCGCCCUGCAAGGAAAGAGGCAUGGACACAUGCAACAGGGGAUCCGGCACUGGGGAUCACAACGACACCCAAGGACAUGGUGGAGCUGCCUCACAUCGGCAGUGGAGAAGGAAGUGAUGGGGAGCUUCCUCUGCAGGUGGAGCGGUUAAGGGCGAAGCAGUUCCGUCGGGACAUGACCCACUCAUCUAGGCUGGAAGGCCAGAUCAACCAGCGCAUAGCCACCCAGUCUAACCUCAUGCACCUAGGGCUGCCAUUCAACGGUGUGACCACCUACAGCCAGAGUUACACACACUGGGACAACCCCUCCACACUGAGAAGCCCGCAGUGCAUCCUGCCUGAAGCCACACUCAACUGGAGGGCCUGGGUGUCAGAGUACCAGGACCGGUACCAGGGCCCGGAUCACUACGUCCCUGGGCAGAGGAAGCCCCCUAGUGGCCUGAAGGAGCCCUGCACCACCAAGUACCAGCCUGGUGCCCACACAGCAGACCAGACCCGAGGACACAUCUGCUCAGAGUAUCAGAGGCACUUCACUAAGAAGAACUACCCUGGCCUGUCCAGACCCAAGACCAGCCCUGCGUACAGACAGAACAGAGUCAACUGACCUAAACCAUCUUCAGGAUUAGACCUGCAUGGUCUCUAUUCGAUGUUCAACCUGACAAAG